AAAGUAAUUUUGAUUAAAUGUAUCGCAGCACAAAAUAUUUAGUGAAUAUGUUAUGUCUAGUUUUCACGCCAGUCAGAUAAAUUUACGGUCAAAGUAUUUUAUAAUUCUAUAAUGGGUAAGCUAUGGGAUCUUAUAGUGACGCCAAAGAGUAUUUUUUUUAAAUUUUCUAGUGACAAAAAACUGUCCAAAAGUAAAACACACUUGAGAUCCAUUCGACUAAAGUGUGUUCACUCAGAACAAAAAAAGCGUACACUUAUAAGAAGUUGUUUGAUUAAAAUUUAUAUACCUGGCGGAGAAAAAAUAAAAUCAAGCAUUUACUUUCAAAGCCUUCAGUUUUGAUUUUAAUCACAGCAAAACAUAUCAAAAAUUUGUAUUCUCAAAUUUCUUACAUGUUCAUAACAUGUUGCUUCUAACAAUAUUCGUUAAAAUUAAUCUUAAAACUUAAGUUUCUGGCGCGAUCGAGAUACUUUACCUUUCGUAAAAAUCCGUUCUCGAAUAAAGUUGAAUCUAAACGGAAAAUUGGAAUUUUAAUUGAAAAAUGAGCAGCAUUUUUUCAUCUUUUUCAUCGAAUAAAUCCAAAUCAUCGACUAAUACGACGAAUACAACAACACAAAGAGGAUCGAAAGGCGCCGUAAUUACGCCGGCCAAACCUCUAUCUACAAACAAUUCGACAAUUAACACGACAAAAACGGCUUCUGCGGCCAAAACGAGUGCCGAAGCCACGACUCCGAAGAGUCUCGGGAGUCCGACUGGCGAGAGGCCGCCAGCAGCAGCCAAAGUUGCCCGGUCGAAUUCGAAUAGCGAGUCUAAUGGAGGGAGAGGGGGCUACAAAAUGAAUGGACGGGUGCUGAAACCAGCCCAACUUGCAGUUUACCAAGAAGCUUUUAAUUUGUUCGAUAAGGACGGAGAAGGUAAGAUCAGCCCGCGUAAGUUGGGGUCUGUGAUGAGACGCAUGGGUCUGAACCCCUCGGACGCCGAAUUAGCUGACAUGAUCAAUGAAGUUGACAUCAACAAGAACGGCACGAUAGAAUUCUUUGAGUUCCUGGACAUGUUGUCGAGUAAGGUACUGAACGAACCCUAUGCCGAGUUCAAAGCAGCCUUCGAACUUUUCGACAAGGACGGAAACGGAUACAUCGACAAGGAAGAACUGAGGGCUGGUCUGAAGAGCAUAGACGAAGAGUUGGGUGACCAGGACAUCGACCUAAUUUGGAGACAUGCGGACAAUAAUAAGGACGGAUGGAUUUGCUUCGAGGAGUUCUUACGCAUGAUGACACUCUAG